GUUUGCUUGGGUCUUCGGCGGUGGUCGCACGGCAAAUGGUGGCGAGGAUGAUGAGGUGGCGGCCGUGGUCCCUGCUGCAGUCCAAGAGGUACGAGAUGCGGCUGGUGGUGCGAAGAAUCGAGGGCCUGCCGGAGACGGGGUCGGGAUUGGGGUCCAGAGCUGCUGCCGUGGCUGAGGUGAGGUGGAAGGGUUCGAAGACGCCGCUCAGCUCGCUGCGGCGUGGCGGGGUGCGGCGGAACCGGACGAGGGAGGAGGAGGUCCGGGAAGGGGGCGUCGUGGAGUGGGACGAGGAGUUCCUCACCGCCUGCACCCUCUCCGCUCACAAGGAGAACGGUGCCUUCCUACCCUGGGAGAUCGCCUUCGCCGUUUUCAUGGGUCUAGGUGAAGGUCCUAAGAUCAAGGCCUGUAUGAUUGGCAUGGCUUCUGUGAACCUGGCAGAAUUUGCUCCCACUGCAGAACAAAAAGAGAUGGAGAUCGAUGUUCCUUUGUUGCCAAUGGGCAUCCCUACUGAAUCCCAGCCAACAUUAUAUAUAGCACUUAACUUACUGGAGUUGAGGACCAUACAAGAACAGACAGAGGCAGUGCAGAGUUCUAUAGUUCCUGUCCCCUCGUCACCUCCCCUUGGUGAUGCGUUCCCUUGUGAGAAGGAUGAGCCACAUACUCUUAAAUCUGGAUUGAGAAAAGUAAAUAUACUUAAAGCUUUAGCUUUAAGUCGAAAAGCAAAAAAAGCAUACCAAGAGGAUUACGGCAAUGAAGAGAAAUGCUCUCCUAGGAAUGAUGAUGCUGAACAUGCAUACCCCUGUAACACAGACUCCCUCGAUGAUGUUGAAAAUGUAGAAGAAAACAAGGAUGGUUUUAGUGAAAGAAAAUCUUUUAGUUAUGGAACCUUGGCAUCUGCAAACUACAUCGAAGGAUCAUUUUACUCUGAUAUGAUGACAAAUACAGAUUAUGAUGAUUUGGUUUACUACAGUCACCAAAAAUCAGAUGUCAGUUAUUCAGAUGUUGAGGAUGCGCCAUCAAUAUCUAUACCUGAGCACCCUGUUUACUUUGUUUCAAAGAGAAGUAUCAUUCCGUGGAAAAAGACCAGGCUCAACUUCAGAUCUCCAAAGGCUAAAGGGGAGCCUCUGCUAAAGAAAUCAUAUGGAGAAGAGGGUGGGGAUGACAUAGAUUUUGAUCGUCGUCAGCUUUGCUCUGUUGGAGGAUUAACUUGUGCUGUGAAUUGGUAUGACAAUUCGGUGGCAAACUGUCCAGCUGUAUCCAACUUUGGUGACGAUAAUUUUGUGGUAGGAAGCUGGGAGCUGAAGGAGGUAAUAAGCCGUGAUGGUAGCUUGAAGCUCUGCACCCAAGCAUUCCUUGCAUCCAUUGACCAGAGGAGUGAACAAGCAUCUGGUGAGAGUGCUUGUACUGUGCUUGUUGCUGUUAUUGCUGAUUGGUUUCAGGCUAAUCCCCAUAUGAUGCCUAUCAAAUCUCAAUUUGACAAUCUCAUACGAGAAGGUUCUCUAGAUUGGAGGACACUUUGUAAGAACCAGACAUACAGGGAGCAUUUUCCUGACAAACACUUUGACCUCGAGACUGUUCUGGAGGCAAAAAUUAGACCGCUUUCUAUUGUCCCUGCAAAAUCCUUUGUGGGGUUCUUCCAUCCUGAAGGAACUGAUGAUAGUGACAGCUUCAACUUCCUGCAUGGGGCAAUGUCCUUUGACAACAUCUGGGAUGAAAUCAACCGAACUAAACCAGAAUAUUCUUCUGAUUGUGGUCCUCACAUUUACAUCGUUAGCUGGAAUGAUCACUUCUUCAUCCUCAAGGUCGAGCAUGAUGCUUACUACAUUAUUGACACUCUUGGGGAGAGACUUCAUGAAGGGUGCAAUCAGGCUUACAUUUUAAAGUUCGAUGACACCACAACAAUUCACAAACAUAAGAAUGAAAGCAGACCUGCCUGUGGCAAUGUGCCAGAUGCUGAAACUCAAGUCCAACAUAAUGAUGGUAUAAAGCAGGGGGAAUUUUCUGGGGAGCAGGACAUCAGGGAUGCUAAUAUGGAGGAUGAACUCAUAUGCCGAGGGCAGGAAUCCUGCAAGGAGUACAUCAAGAGCUUUCUCGCUGCCAUCCCGGUCAGGGAGCUCCAAGUUGAUCUAAGAAAAGGACUGACAACUUCAACACUAAUUCACCACCGUCUUCAGAUAGAAUUUCAUUACACGGAGCUUUCCAAAGAGGUAAUGGCAAAGCUUUUCCAACCAGCAUCAGAACUACACUUGGCAGUAUCAGAUUCUGAGUUCUUAUGUCCAGUGGAGUCGGUUUUCGAGGCUUCGUGGACAAGAGAGGCAACUGCUGAUCUCUCAUUGCCAGUAGAAUCAGCUGCUGAGUCUUCAUGGCCAGUGGAAUCAGCAGUGGCAUUUUUCCUAACCACGUCUGUAAAUUUGGAGGUGGAGGUUGUUUAGGCCUCAUCCUUGCUGUUUCAAUCGACAAUUUGUCUUUGCACUCGACUUAACCCAAGAUAUGAAUGAUGGAGAGCUACGAAAAAGGAUUCAUGUAGUCGGCCUUAAAUAUUAAGGUUAGGAUAACUUGUUAAUGUUGUAGUUAUAGAUUUUUGUUCAAAUGUGUUAAUAUUAUGAUGAGAAGAGACUAAGGGAGAGAAGCAAGGAGUUAUUUUGCUUCACAUGGAGCCACCUUUUUAGUGUUUCCAACUGUAUGUAAUGCUCUUAAACUUAUGGGCUUGUGUUUUUGUGCAUGUAUAUGAGAAAGCUUAUUUCAUAUUA